AUCUGAUACAAUACUUCUAUAAAAGUCUGUUCUUUUUCCAUUCUUGAAUGUGGGAGUUUCUUUCUCUUUGGUUUGGAUAGUGAAAUAUACUGUAAAUCUCUUUCCUUUUUUAUACGUAUGGGAAGAAAUUGCUGGAUCUGGGACUGCCACGUGUUUUCAUUUGGUUCAAUAGAAAAUUAACGAAUCCAAUCCACAUCUGGUUUCCGACCAAUCAUAUCAUUCCUGUGAUACAACCAUGGCAUUGGCUCCCACCACUUAUCCCUCCUAUCCCUGCUCUAACACUUGCUCACUGUUACCAGAGCCACUCAAAAGUUAAAAAACCUUCUGUUUUGUUAGCGUAGCAAAUAGCAAUACAACCAUGGCUUUGGCUCCCACCACUUAUCCCUCCUAUCUCUGCUCUAACACUUGCUCACCCUUACACAGAGCCACUCAACCUCUCCUUUCUUCAACCAGGCACGUAGGAGUUAGAUUUAACAGCAAGUGUUCAGCGUCUUUCUGCAGUGGCAAGGAGCAGCUAAAGCCAUGGAUUUUGGUAGCGAAAGCAUCGGAUGGUGAGUCCCAAACCACAGAGCAGGAAGAGCAGCAGUACGAGGAGUAUGAGGUAGAGAUUGAGCAGCCUUAUGGGCUCAAAUUCAGAAAAGGCAGAGAUGGUGGGACUUACAUUGAUGCUAUUCAGCCUGGUGGAGCUGCUGACAAGGCUGGGGUUUUCACCGUUGGGGACAAAGUACUUGCCACCAGUGCAGUGUUUGGAACAGAAAUAUGGCCGGCCGCCGAAUAUGGGAGGACAAUGUACACCAUCCGCCAGAGAAUUGGUCCAUUGCUUAUGAAAAUGCAGAAAAGAUAUGGGAAGGUUGAUGAAGGAGGCGAGUUAACAGAGAAGGAGAUUAUUAGAGCUGAGAGGAACUCAGGUGUAAUUAGUGACAGAGUGAGGGAAAUCCAAAUGCAAAACUAUAUGAGGAAAAAGGAACAAAAAGAACGCAGGGAAACGGAUCUUCGUGAAGGGUUGCAACUAUACAAGAGCGGCAAUUACGAGCAAGCGCUGGAGAAAUUCGAGUCUGUACUGGGAUCAAAGCCAGAGCCUAAUGAAGCAGCCGUAGCAAGUUACAAUGUUGCUUGCUGUUAUGCAAAGCUUAAUCAGAUUCAAGCUGGUCUAUCAGCACUUGAAGAUGCCUUGGAGGCAGGAUUUGAAGACUUUAAGAGAAUCCGGACGGAUCCAGACCUGGCCAAUCUAAAAAACUCAGAGCAAUUUGAGCCACUGCUUAAAAGGUUUGAUGAAUCAUUUAUAAAUGAGAAUGCCAUCAAUGCCAUUAAAUCUUUAUUUGGCAUUUUCAACCAGAAAUAGAAAAAGCCCUACACCAAAGGAUAUUUGUGUUAUAGUAUAAUUUUGCUCACAAGUUUGAUUUAUUUUCGUCAAUCCAUCUUUAAUAAAAAUUGGGGUCUUGUCCAUUUUUGUUAUUCAAAAA